CUUCCACUUCCUUCUCUAAUCCUCCCUCCCUCCCUCCCUCACCUACCAUCCUCAUAAGACAUCAUGGGACGAAGGUUCUCCAAGAGAAAGAAUGCGCCCCCUCGCAAGGAGCGUGAUCCUAAUGCCACCUACACCGAGGUCAAGAAGGAGAAUGCUCAGCUGGAGGAGUACUACAAGGCCCAGAAUAUCAUGUCUGAGGAGGAAUGGCCCAUCUUUUGGGAGCAUCUCAAGGUCACCCUGCCUACCACCUUCCGCAUCACUGGUACCCGCAGCCACGCGGUCGAGAUCCGCGACACGGUCAAGAAUGCGUUUGUGCCGCACCUGAGCAACAUCUCGGUCGAUGGUGUUGUCGCCAACCCGCCCCGCCCCUUGGCCUGGUAUCCCGAUGAAUUGGGAUGGCACUUUGAUGUUCCCCGCACCUUGUUGAAGAAAAGCCCAGAGUACGCCAAGUUUCACCAGUUCUUGGUCGCGGAGACCGAAGUCGGCAAUAUCUCUCGUCAGGAGGCCGUCAGUAUGAUCCCUCCCCUGCUCCUUGAUAUUCAGCCUCAGCACUGGGUGAUGGAUAUGUGCGCUGCCCCUGGAUCAAAGACUGCUCAGAUCAUUGAGAUGGUCCAUGCUAACGACCAGUACAAGGCCGUUCCAGCUGGAUUGAUUCUCGCCAAUGACUCGGAUUACAGGCGCAGCCACAUGUUGAUCCACCAGACCAAGCGUCUUCAGAGCCCUUGUCUGAUGGUCACCAACCACGACGCAUCCAUGAUGCCCUCAUUGAAGCUGGCGCCCAACAAGGCUGGCGAGUCUGUUCCCUUUGAAUUCGAUCGUGUCCUGGCCGAUGUGCCCUGCAGCGGUGACGCUACUCUGCGCAAGAACCCUAUGGUUUGGAACAACUGGACCCACGGCGGCGCCAUGGGACUCCACCAGACCCAGAUCAACAUUUUGCAGCGUGGUGUUCAGAUGCUCAAGGUCGGCGGGCGCAUUGUGUACUCGACUUGCUCUUUCAACCCUAUGGAGAAUGAGGCUGUUGUUGCCGAGAUGCUGAACCGCGCCAAUGGAACGCUGGAGUUGGUCGAUGUUAGCAAUGAGCUGCCACAGUUGAAACGUCGGCCUGGUCUGUCGGCCUGGAAGAUGUUCACCAAGGAGGGACAGAUAGUUGACAAGCUAGAGGACGUUCCUACGGAUGCCAAGGGAAGAUACUAUCCCAGCAUGUGGGCACCCAAGAAUGCUGGCGAGUUACAUUUGGAGAGAUGCCUUCGUGUCUACCCUCACUUGCAGGACACCGGUGGAUUCUUUGUCGCUGUGUUCAAGAAGACCGCACCCUUCGUUGUCCCCAACCCUAACCGACCCAUCACAGAAAAGCCAGCAUCAUCAUCAGAGGCGAGUUCGAGCACUGCGGAGGUCGAGGAGGAAGUCAAGGAGGAAGUCAAGGAGGAAGUCAAGGAGGAGACUAAGGAAGAGUCUGAGGAUACCACUACUGCUGGAGACAAACAUAAAUUGGAUUCACCUGCAGUCAGCGAGGGAUCAGAAGUGAAGAAGCCCCGCAUGUCCCGCGCAGAACGCUUUGGCGCACCUGGGCCCAAGGAGGAACCCUUCUUGUUCUUGGACGCCAGCAAUCCUGAUGUCGAGUUGUUUUCAAGAUUCUACGGACUGGAUGAGGAUUUCCCCAAGGAUCAGUUCUUGGUGCGUUCGGAGGGCGAGAAGAACAAGACGAUCUACUUUGUUAGCGAGGCCGUCAAGAGCAUUCUCAAGUCGGAAGACAUUCAUCGACUGAAAGUCGUCAACACAGGUGUGCGGACGUUUAUUCGCCAGGAUUCAAACUCGCCUGCGGAAUGCACGUUCAGGGUCCACAACGAGGGCAUCGCGAUGAUGCGGCAGUUUGUGUCGAAUGCACGUGUGAUGGCCGUGCAGCUCAAGGAGGUGAUCACGCUGCUGCAGUCGCCGUACCCAAAGAUUUCAGAAUUCCCGGAGGCGAUCCAGGAGCGUCUGACGGCCUUGCCGACUGGAUGCUGUAUCUUUGAAUUCGACCCAGCACUGGAGGAGAACAAGGACCAGCCCAACCCUCGAUGGGAGGGUCAGGGAUUGACGGGCUUUGUGAAGGGCAAGCUGGUCUUCCCGGUAUGGAAGGCGCAAGUCAGUUUCAACAUGUUGCUGAACAAGCAAGAGCGUAGGAGUUUGGCGAUGCGGUUGGGAGUUGAUUGUGUGGACUCUCCCCAUGUGGUCGAGGGUGGUGCCAAGGGCACUGCGGCCAAGAAGGCGGCAGAGGAGACUGCGGGAUCUGCAGAUGUGUCUGAGGAUGUCUCUGCAGAGGAUUCGCCUAUGGUCGAGGCGGAUGAGGAGGGCGAUGCUGCCGAAGAGACGGCGUAAACAUGGCUGGGUGUACUUUUUACUAUUUUACCUAUUACACUGAAUACAUACAUGGCAUUAUGACUAUCAACUAUCAUAAACUAUACUCUAUCUACUAUCUAGCCCUGGCUGCAGGACUCGUGCAUGAUCCUGACACAUGGACACCAAAAAAAAAUGAAGUAUAAAAAAGCGUGUGCGCGUAUUUCCC